CUCCCCCUCCUCCUCCUCCAUCAUCAUCAUCAUCAUCACCUCCUCCUCCAGCGAUCCGACUCCCCACCGCCGCUCGACGAGGCCGUUCGCCCGAUGGUUCUGAUUCUGGAUCGGAGGAACUCAGCCGGACCCGAGAGGAGAGAGAGCAGGAGCAGCGCGGGCGGAACCGGAGCUCAGAGGGAAGAAUCUGGUCCACCCCUCACUGAACAACGCGACACAGCGCGCGCCGCGGAGACACGGUGUUCCGGGAAACAUCAGGAUUUCAGCCUGUCUGUGAAGGUUAAGGACCGCUGAUCUCGAGGGGGUUUAGAUGAGUGUGGCUGCCCAUGGCUUGCGUCCAUGAGCAGUGUGCCCCCUCCCCCUCCCUUUCAGGGUUCAACACCCCGAUAUCUGAGACCCCCUACCGCCGGCCGGACUCUGACGUCAACGCCUGCACCCCCGACACCGAGCUCACCCCCACACAGUGCGUUCUCCGCAAUGUACUGUCCAUCGACCCUGUUGUGGAUGGGAACUGCACCCACACGCAGGGCAACAGCCCCACCCCUAGUGAUGAGCCCGCCCAGUUCUCCAAUAGUGUGCUAAAGCUGCAGGAGGGCGGAGCAGAAGGAGGGGCUGUACGCAGCCAAUCAGACAGCUUUAGACUGCAGGCCGGAGGUGGAGGCUUCCUGGAGGGAUUAUUUGGUUGUUUAAAGCCAGUGUGGACUAUGAUAGGCAAAGCCUACUCCACAGAAAACAAACAGAGCCAUGAAGAAUGCUGGGAGGUGCCAUUUGAGGAGAUCUCAGAGUUGCAGUGGGUGGGCAGCGGGGCUCAGGGAGCGGUGUUCCUCGGCAAGUUCCACGGAGAAGAGGUGGCCGUGAAGAAAGUGAGAGACAUAAAGGAAACCGAGAUCAAGCACCUGCGCAAGCUCAAGCACCCCAACAUCAUCACCUUCAAGGGUGUUUGCACACAAGCUCCAUGUUACUGCAUCAUCAUGGAGUACUGUGCCCAGGGGCAGCUGUACGAGGUUCUGCGGGCAGGGAGGAAAAUCACACCGUCGCUGCUGGUCGACUGGGCCAUGGGUAUUGCAGGCGGCAUGAACUACCUACACCUGCAUAAGAUCAUUCACCGAGACCUCAAAUCACCCAAUAUGCUGAUCACCCAUGAUGACCUGGUCAAGAUCUCAGAUUUUGGAACGUCGAAGGAGUUGCGGGAAAAGAGCACAAAAAUGUCCUUCGCUGGCACUGUUGCGUGGAUGGCCCCGGAGGUCAUACGGAACGAACCUGUGUCAGAGAAAGUGGAUAUCUGGUCGUUUGGUGUGGUUCUUUGGGAGAUGCUCACAGGUGAAAUCCCAUAUAAAGAUGUGGACUCCUCUGCUAUUAUCUGGGGGGUGGGCAACAAUAGCCUGCAGCUACCUCUUCCUGAAAGCUGCCCUGAUGGCUUCAAGAUCCUCCUCAAACAAUGCUGGAACUGCAAGCCAAGAAAUAGGCCAUCUUUCAGACAGAUUCUGCUGCAUCUGGACAUAGCAUCAGCAGAUGUACUAUCCACCCCACAGGAGACCUACUUUAAGUCCCAGGCCGAGUGGCGCGAGGAGGUGAAACAGCACUUUGAGAAGAUCAAGUCUGAGGGAACAUGUCUGCACCGACUGGACGAGGAGCUCAUUAACCGUCGUCGUGAAGAGCUCAGACAUGCCUUGGAUAUCAGAGAACACUACGAGAGGAAGCUGGAGAGAGCCAACAACCUGUACAUGGAGCUGAAUGCUGUCAUGCUACAGCUAGAGCUGAAGGAGAAAGAACUUCUGAGGAGGGAACAGUGUCUGGACAAGAAAUAUCCCGGGCUGUUUAAACACCAUCCCUCAAACACAGUGGACAAACUUAUUAAGAAGAGGAAUGUACCCCAGAAACUGCCUUCUCAUGGCAAGAGGCCUGACCUCCUGAGGUCUGAGGUCAUUCUCCCUAAAAUGGACCCUGGGGUGCUGCAGGUGACGGUCCCGUCCUGCCCUAACCGGAGCUCCACCUCACCGAGCCGCGCCCGCAGGGUUAAAACUCGCCACCGCAGGGGCGGCCGGGGCAGCAGCGGUGACCUCUCAGGACCCAAACACCCCACUGGUGCCUCCAGCCGAGAGCGGGAGACUCCCACCUCCACCACCACAGCUCCCAGUGGGACUCCCACUACUGACCAAGGAGCCGUAGCCACUUCUAGAGGAGGCCAGCUGGACACGCCCCCAUUAAAACUGUCCUCUUCCAGUCCGGAUCUGCUCUGCUCCACCCACGGGGCAGAGGGUGGAGCCAGUGGAGGAACUGGUAGUCUGAGCGAAGGUCUCGGAGGAGGAGCCAGGGGCACGACUGAAGCCGGGGCGGGUGUGGACGAGACUCCGCCUCGAAGUGACACUGCUAGUGAGGACGCAGCGUCACUCCCUUUCUCCAGCAGCCCUGAUUCGCCCUGCGGGAGGGGCGUGGCAGUGGGGCGGGGCGAGGAGAGAGAGGAAGGUGCAGGAGCGGUGAGGUUACCGAGAGGAGCCAGCGGAAGUCACCUUACCCCAUCAGCUAUACUAUAUAGAGCAGCUAUCACCCGUAAACAGCGCCGUGGGGUGUCUUCAGAGGAAGAAGAAGGAGAAGUGGAUAGUGAAGUGGAAUUACCGAGGAGGCGACGGCCGACCAGUAUAACCAAGUGCCAGUCGGUGUCUACCUUUAGCUCAGAGAACCUGUCGGUCUCAGACGGAGAAGAGGGACACACCACUGACCACUCGCACAGCGGGACACCAGACGUGGUCAGCACUAAUACGGAUGAACGGCUAGAUGAUCGCAGUGAUGACCUCAUCUCACAGGGUUCUGAAAUCCCUGCCGACAUCACUGACCCCGCCCUGUCUGAGAAAGAGGCUGCGGCCCUGGAGCAGGAAAGAGCAAACUUUGACCUGGAGCAAAACAUCUUAGAGACGCGUGCAUUGUGUGAGGAUUCAGAUUGUGACAGCGCCGAGCUCGACCAAUCAGGGAGCGGAGAACCGAGUCGUCCCCCGAGUGCUGGAGGCUGGGGUCAGGGUCCUCAGAACUAACACACACACAUACACAAACACACACACACACACACACAGAUGCCCCUAUACAGCUCUGUGCAUUUGUACAUACUGUAAAUAUCUUCACCAAAACACAUACAGGAUGCCAGCACACUCAUUCCUAUGUAGUGUCACUGAACACCUGAUACACCACAGACACACACACACAAUGAAAUACCCUACCUUUGGGCCUGUAACACAAACUGGUGAUGUAAUAUCAAACUAUUAGCCACUUUAAGAACAACACACCUUCAGUACUUGGUUAAUAUGUAAAUGGAAUUCCAAAGACCAGGGCCCCAUUCUUUGUAAAAGCCUCCCAUAAUAACUACAUACAAAUCUGGCGGUUUGGUUUCUCAAAGCAAGUUUAAGGUUUUAUUCUUUAUUCUGUUUCUGACCUGCUUUAAAAAAAAAAAGCUCAGGACCUCAGUACUUUCUAUUCUAAUAUAUCUAUAAACACUUACUUUGGGCUUAUAUCUGCAUUUCGCCACAAAUAGAGCUGAGGAGUCCCAAAAAUUAUUCUUAACGGGGCUCAUCAAUUCUGUUCGUGUGGUGACAUCAGAACAACACCCUCAGCCUCAGACUGAAUCUACAGCUGGACCUUUUUAAAAAAAAAAACUGAAUAAUAUAUUUUAAACAUUUGAAAAAUGUUAGUGGUAAAUCUGAGACACGCAAGAAAUCUUAGUUUUGUUCCUCAGAACCUAGGAUUUGAACCUUAUGGAACACUUAAGCCACUAAAACAUUCUCAAGAUGUAAUAUUUUCAAUAGACUAAGACUGCUGAACGUCUUCAUUAAACAAAUAGCAAUCAACUGUGUUGCAUUCUAUUAAAAAAACAGUUUUCCAUAAUAAACAGAUUGGAAUAUGUUUAGAACAGUGUGUGUGAAAGGGAAUAAUAUAUGUUUGGUAUUUAUAAGCAAUUAUAAAUAAACAUAUAAGCAUUAUUAGCCAGAAACCUUAAAUCCCUGUAUUGGGAUUGGAUGUAUAUACAUUACAUGAACAUCUGGAUUAGCUAAACAUUUUUUAAAACUUUGAUUAAAUGUAUGAGCAGUACCAGGGGCCCAUUUCAUAUUUUCUAUUUGAAAGGUACAUACGUAUUAUUUACUAAUAUCCUAUGUGAACUAUUUAAUGUCUGAGAUUUUAGAAAAAAAAUUAAGAUAAUAUCACUAUUCAUGAAGCCCUGCUCACUGAAAUGUUAACAGUUUUUCCAAAUCACCACACCAAUUUAUUUUUCUUGGGAUUUUUCUAACACAAACAAAUGGACAAUUAUCACUAAAAACAGGAUUAAUAAGAUUUCUAAGCAUUUGUACACUUCUAAACUACUAAAAAAAGAGUUUAAAGAGUGACAGAAUAUGAGAAUGAUCUUAUCUUGCCUUUGACAAAUCAAACAUAGACUUUUUAAAAUUGGUUACUUAAAUGAUGUUGAUUACACAAAAUCUUGACUUAUAAAAAGAAACACUACAAAGAACGGGGCCCGGGAAAACGCCACGGAAAAAUACAAAGAUUUAGAACUUGUACACAUUUUUUAAAGAAAUAUAAUUAGGGUAAAAUUCUGACCGGUGAGGAUUUAUCAAUACCUAUAGAGUGUUGAUUUCUCCUCAACUACAAAUUCAGAGUGCUGAAAACCUGUGGGGAAAUGGAAUGCAAGAAUGCAAGCAUGAAUAGGUCAAUGUAUUUAAACCAACUGAAUUGAGGUUUCACUUCGAUGUCAUUUUAGAAUCUUAAGGAAGUAACUUAGAAGCUACAUUGAAUUAAUAUUCUAAUAUUCUCCAUCUUCCUCUUGCCUCCUGACUAUCUUUAGAUUUUUUUUUAUAGGGACAUGCAAUAUGUACAUUACAAAUAUUCUGAAAACAACACUUUUAUUUUCUGUACUUUCUGUAAAAAAAAGAAAAACAUAGCGAGACAAAACGAAACAAAAAACAAAACUAAUUUUUUGAUGUAUCAGAAUUUUAACUUGAAAGUUUUGAGUUGAAGAGGUGUAAAGAACAAAAUGCAUGAAGUAUGUUUGUAUGCAUUUUAAUUUUGGAUUCAUUGUUUUUAUAAAUCAAAAAAACAAAACAAAUGUUUGCACUUUUUUUUACCUUGAAUGUGUGUGAUGUUGUGUUGCUUGUAGGCACUUUAUGAUAGGAUGUUUAUGUCCACUAACUUAUCACCUUCUCAUGACACUGACAUUGUUGUGUUCAGUGAAAAAUGGGUUUGGACCAGAUACAAGUGAUGAGGGGACGUAGAAGGCCGGAAUGUGCGCAGCUCUUCACAGAAUCAUUUUAAUACGCUUAGAAUCAAAAACAAAACAAGGGGACUGUCACGGCAAGCCAUGGAAAAUCACAGCAAUCUGAUAUUUUGGAAAAUACCUAAAUCAGUUCUAAGGCAAAUUUAAUGUAACAGGUUUGUAAGAGAGGAACACACUGUAUGUGUGUUAGAUACCGUGAUAUAGAUAGUUUUAUAUCAGUAGGGGGCAGUGGAUCCCAGUCUCUCCCAGGUCCAUCUUGCAGAAUAUUCUAACUUUUUUUAGUCUUUAGUUUCUUAGAUCAGGAUGAGAUUGUAUUUUUCUGACCCUCAGAACUUCUAACAGAAAUAUUUAGUUAAAACAGAGAAAUAUCAUUGCUGUUGGAACAAAAUCUUUAAUAUUAUUAUUUUUUUUUUAACCUGGAACGUUUAUGAAAUAAACUGAUAAAUUCAUUAGCUUAAACCGAAUGUUAAUAAGUUCUGUUGUACUGUCACAAUAACAAAAACACAUGAAGGUUUUAAUCAAACCUGUCCUGCUGAAUGUUAUUAACUGGAUUGUGCAGCGUUGCCUUUAAGCUAUAAGCAGUGAUUCGUAUAUGUACUGAAGCCCCACACAUUUUCCUAUUGGCUGACGAACACUAGAAAAAAAAAGUUUCUUUGAUUUUACCAAAUUGUAAACCUCUGGAAUACAAUCAAGAGGAAGUUAAAUGACCACAAGCCAUCAAACCAAGCUGAACUGCUUGAAUUUUUGCACCAGGACUGGCAAAAUCACUGUGCAAGACUGGUGGAGGAAAAUAUUAAAAACCAGGGUAAUUCCACCAAAUAUUGAUUUCUGAACUCUUAAAUGCUCUAAAUGACAAUAUGUUUGUUUGUCUGUAGUCUACAGGAUAAAACAACAAUGUUCAUUUUACUCAAACAUGAUAAACUGAUUCAGAAACUGAUGUGGUCUCUUAAAUUUGUCCAGAGCUGUAGGUACAUUAGAUUAAAGAUUAAACAAGGGUUUGCUCUGACAGCAAUGAUAUGUUGACCACUGUGCUAUAAAUAUCCAACUAUAGAUCUAUUAAAUCCAGAGUAAACUUCUGAGAUUAAAUCUUUCUUACUACUCAUACUGAACUAAAAAGAACUAGACUUCAGGUAAUUCCGUUACUGCUAAGUGGCAUUAUAUAUGUAAAUGUAAAUAUAUUAUUAUUUUAGUAUUGAGCAGUUUAUAGAAUUAUGAUGUUGGAAGCAUAAUGGGAUUAUACAUUAUUUCAUAACAUUCCAGCAUCUUGUGUAUUAAAAGGGUGAAAACCUUUUCAGGUAACGACUGCUCACUACCUGAACCUGAACAAAUGUUCUAGAUUCCAAGUCCUGAGCUGAAUUUUUAGAAGAACUGUAGCAUAAUUAUUCUUUAAUCCAAAACAGUUAAGGUAAAAAAGUUUAAGAAUGGAUACUUAAUGGACGUUUGACUUUUCUAAAGUAACUGUUCUAUAUUAAUCUCACCCAAAGACGAUGUUAACGUUACAUUAUCUAGUACAAACCCCUAGAAACAAACAGCACAGGAGUGAAUAUUUAUCACACAGAACAAGGGCCUCUUCUUUAUUUUAGACGAGUUUUAAACAGGGAAUCAUAAUUUAAUCUGGGAGAAAGUAGAGGGAGCACUGCUAUUCAGAAACUGAAGCUGCCUGCGGUUCCCUCCUGCUGGUUAGACGGCAGGUAUUCAGGUACAGUUCUUUCUUUUCUCGGGUAAUAUAUGAAUGUUCAUAAAUGAAGCAAUCUGUUUCCGUUUGAUUUCCGUUACUCUGAAAAAAAAGUCGAAAAGCUUAAGGGGUUUCCGACUAACAGACCCUCACGUUUCCCUGCCUGUGUAAAUGUAGCCUACGCUACUGGGCUGAAACUGGUUUCGUAUGUAUUUAGUUGAAGGAAGCUGGUCCUAAAUCUACAGACAGACUGACACCCACUGCAGAAUAUCCAGAGACUCUGGUAAAGCUGUCCUUUAGUGGUAGGGAACAGCAUGACAUCUUUGUAUUACUAUGUUUUUUUAUUUAUAUUAUUUAAUUAUUAUUUUUAAGUGCUGCUUUGCAUUAUCGAAUGGGGUCUAUCAGAGGACAUUAUAUCAUUACUGUAACUGAACAGAGUUUAGUUGAGUUCUUUUUCAUGCAUUAAAAUAAAUGAAGGUAUCGCUAGUUCUAUUCUCAUGUGCAUAGGCUAGUGCAUCCAUCAUCCUUUCAUCAUCAUCAUUUUUAUGAUACAUAUUACUGUCUAUCUAAUUUUCACAGUGUCAUUUAUUUAUGAGGUCAAGUGGAUCAGUCACCCAGAACGAUCUUUGUUUCACGUUUCUGCUCUGGAAAUGCAAAGUUAUACAAACAGAAUACCAUCACAUAACUGGUUUAUUUGGUUGCAUAACAAUGGAAUGUUUUUGAAGAUGAAGGGAUCAUUUUGUCCUCUGAUUAUCCCUUUAUAAAUGUAACUGAUAUACAAAAUAUAUUUAAAUAAAUUAUAAUAUUGAUCAAAAAUAAAAUCUGUACUAGACCUCA